ACCGUCUGACUGUAUCAUAUCCAUGGAUAUUUUAACUAUGUUGGCGAGAAAUGUAAAUGGCAAAUAUUCUCUUGUGGCAAACAUGUCUGUAAUUUGAAACUGUCUUUUUUGUGAAGUAAAACUAGCAUUGUCAUUAAAAAGUAACUAUUUGUGUGCAAUAUGUUGACGUACGAAAUGCCGAUACUUCUCAGGAUAAUGUCUCGGAGCGAGACGGCCGCGACUCUCAAGCGCACGGCGGAGGCCAUCUUCGAGACGGGCGGCUUCAUCCGCAACAUAGAGAACCUGGGCAGCGGCAGUCUGCCGUACAAGACCAGCUCGCACGGCACGGUGCACAAGAAGGGCAGCCACUUCCUCCUGAGGUUCCACUGCCCGCCGACGAGGCUGGAGCAGCUGUCGGAGAGCGUGACGCGCGACGUGGACGUGGUUCGGCACCGCGUCUACAAGGAGCGCGAGCCGUCCAGCUUCGAGUGCACGCUCCACGAGGAGGUGCUGCCUCCGGCCUACAGAAAGGACGUGGCUGCCAUGCUGGAGGAAGGCCAGCGGAACAAAAAGAAAUCCUUCAGCAAGCCAUUCAAGUACAACACCGGUCUCGACUACUACCCCUUCCAGAAGUGAGCGUUUCCACCUUUGUAGCACCACCACGGUGCAACUAAGAACUUGUCAUCUUUUAAUGUCCUCUCUACUGGUACAUUGAUUGGCUGUUAUAGAGAGUCAGUGCUCGUGACUUUGAGAGAUAACUGUAGUUGUAACGUAUUUGCCUGUGCACUGUGAGAACCCCAAGGACAAGUGGGUACAGAAACUAUUAAAAUGUUUGUAGUUGUUAAAAGAAUAAACUAAUAUUAAAGGGUU